GCCGCCAUUUUAUCCUUGGAAACGAAUAUUCGAUUAUGAGCAUGCGCGCAACUCGCAAUCCUUCCUUUCCCGACAAGAAGGACUUCCAAGAUGUCGACCCCAGAGGAGCAGGCUGCUCUCAAGAAGAAGAGGACCUUCCGGAAGUACACCUACCGGGGGGUUGAUCUUGACCAACUUUUGGAUCUAUCCAGCGACCAGCUGACUGGAUUGCUUCACUGCCGUGCUCGCAGACGCUUCAACCGUGGUCUGAAGAGAAAGCCCCUUCAGCUCAUGAAGCGCCUCCGUAAGGCAAAGAAGGAAGCUGCUCCCAUGGAGAAGCCAGAGGUCGUCAAGACCCACCUUCGUAACAUGAUCAUUGUCCCAGAAAUGAUCGGCAGCGUUGUUGGUGUGUACAACGGCAAGGUUUUCAACCAGGUCGAAGUCAAGCCUGAGAUGGUUGGCCACUACCUUGGUGAAUUCUCCAUAACCUACAAGCCUGUCAAGCACGGCCGUCCCGGUAUUGGUGCCACCCACUCUUCUCGAUUCAUUCCUCUUAAGUAAACUGUGCUCUGUCGAAUCUGAUUGGAAGAUCUUUUAAAUGGAA